UUCGUUCUGCGCGUUACAAGAGUCGAAAGGAGUCGCACUCCCGUCAACUGUCCGCUGUCCGUCGUCCGCGCCGUUGGGCCUUCAGUCUCAUCCCAGCGCUCGUGGCGAGAACAACGCGGUCGCGAAUCGACUGUCCCCGCUUCCCGUUCUCCUCGGUGGAUUGGAUUUGUUCAACCAAUCGGAGUGCGCGAGUGCAGAUAUUCAGCUUGGAUAAGUAAAGUGCAACUUGGCCACGCCACUGCAAGAUGCGGCAAUUGUGCACCUGCGGCUGCCAGCAGCGCGCGGCGAAGUGUGUGAAAUGUGAUACCUGAAAAAUGGCCAGCAGUGCUCAAACAUAUCGAAACACUAGCAGAUAGAAUAUCUUUCAGUGCCCAGUGAACAACGCGCCAAGAUCGCCAUUCAAUUAUUUGGCAGUGCUUGAAAGUUGAGAACUUUCAACUCUUUUGUGCAACGCCAUUUGACAACGGAAUACAAUCAAUAUACACCUUAAGUCAACUAAUAUCUAAUUAAAAAACCUAGAAUAUAUAGAUCUCACUGCCACUCUAGAAUCCCCACCAUGAAGCACACGUCGCCAAGUGGAGCGACCCCCCGCAACGUCAGAAUGCUCUUCCGCCAGUGCCUUUCCCACCCAACCCGCUCAACACCCACAGCAGCUGCCCCGUGCGGCCUGCGCCUCUCCACCCGCAAUCCAACCCGCGCCCGCCCCCACCCCCGACGGACGCUCAGCCUCUGGGCGCUGGUGAUCGCCAGCAGCUGCUUAAUGCUCAACACGCCGACCACGACAGCAUUUGAUAUCGCCACGUGCAAUGUGCCGCUGGGCAUGGAGUCGUUAGUCAUAACAGAUGCUCAAAUCACAGCGAGUUCAGCCCAUGACAUGGGCUUUGUUGGACCCCAACAUGCAAGACUGAAAACCGAUAAUAAUGGAGGAGCUUGGUGCCCCAAGCAUAUGGUGUCGAAUGCCCUGAAAGAAUACCUGCAGGUGGACCUUCUGCAGACGCACGUGAUCACCGCAAUCCGGACGCAGGGUCGAUUUGGCAAGGGUCAGGGUCAGGAGUACACCGAGGCCUACGUGCUCGAGUACUGGCGUCCCGGCUUCGACAAGUGGCAGCGAUGGAAGAAUAUCCAAGGCAAGGAGAUCCUGCCCGGAAACAUCAACACGUACAGCGAGGUUGAGAAUGCCUUGCAGCCGAUCAUAUUCGCCUCGAAAAUCCGCAUCUAUCCAUAUGGUCAGUACGACCGCACUGUUUGCUUGAGGGCCGAGAUCGUCGGUUGUCCAUGGGAAGAGGGCAUCGUGUCUUACAGCAUUCCAAAGGGCGUACAGCGCGGCAUGGAGGUGGAUCUGUCGGAUAAAACCUACGACGGCAACGAGCAGGGCGAUCGCUAUGUCGAGGGCCUCGGUCAAUUGGUGGACGGACAGAAGGGAAAGGAUAAUUUCCGUACCGACAUUCAUGGAUUUGGCAAAGGUUAUGAAUGGAUUGGCUGGCGGAACGAUACGCCCGGCCUGCUGGGAAAACCGGUUGAAAUUGUCUUUGAAUUCGAUACUGUUCGCAAUUUCAGUGCCAUCGUGCUGCACACUAACAAUAUGUUCACCAAGGAUGUUCAGGUGUUUGUGCAUGCCAAGGUCUUCUUUAGCAUCGGCGGUCGCUACUUUUCGGGGGAACCUGUGCAGUUUUCCUAUAUGCCCGACACCAUAAUGGAUCAUGCCCGGGAUGUGACUAUUAAGCUGCACCAUCGAGUGGGAAAAUACUUGAAAAUCAAUUUGUACUUCGCCGUCAAAUGGAUUAUGCUGUCGGAGAUCAGCUUUAUAUCCGUGCCCGCCCUGGGAAAUUUCACAGACGAGCAGGAGCAGCGCAGCAUCUCCCCCAGUCAAAACCAACCCGAUGACGCCAGGAGCAAGGAAUACCAGUCCAACAAGAACAAGCCCAACGGAGUGGGCGGCUCGGGCGGAGGCCUGGGCGAGGGCGUGGCCACGGCGGGCAGCGAUUCUGGGGGCAACAACAAGUUCAGCAACGGACCGCAGUUAAUUGCGCCACGCCCCAUCGAUCAGGAGCCGAACGACGCGAACUUCAUCGGUGUGGUCAUCGUGGUCCUGACGACGAUAAUAAUCCUGCUGGUGGCCAUCAUCCUCUUCAUUGUCUCGCGGACGAAGCGAGCCCGCGGCAGCAACGUCCUCGACGCGUUCCAGUACAGCUUCAAUCCCAACACCCUCGGCGGCAACGUGGACAAGCACCGACCGAAUGGCAACAGCAUCAAGGCCAGCGUGGACGACAACGACUCAAUAGGCAAGAACAGCCUCUACCACGAACCUUUCAAUGUGAACAUGUAUACGAGUGGCGUGAACGGCUAUGCGGCGGUCAAUGAUUUACAGUGUAAUAUGACGCCCGACUAUACAGACGUACCGGAAGGUGGUUACGCCGUGCCGCACAUGCAGGACUACAUGCCCUCCUCGAAAAUGGGAGCUGGCGGGGCAGGAGGGGCAGGAGGCGCUGGCUAUGUGAAUGUGCGACGCACCCCGCCUCCCCCGCUGAGCAGCAUUUUCCCCCGACCGCCCACAGUUCCGCCGCCGCCCAUGGAGAAGUACUACGCCACCACGGCCAUCUUCAAGCCGCUGAAGGGACCGGGCUCGGAGCGCAGCGGUAGCAGCAACACCAACACCGUGAGCAGCGGCGGUGGCAAGAGCAGUCACAGCCACAGCAGCCACUGCAGCGCCGGCGGUCAGGACCACAGCGGCAUCUACGACGACGGCAUAGGCACCAUGAACUCCAACGCCACCGCCCCCAUGAUCAAUCCCUACAGCGGCGGGAACAGCUCGGCGGCCGCCGCUGCCGCUGCCGCGGAGUUCCAGCGGGCCAGGACCUACAACUUCCGCAGCUACCCCGACAACCUCUAGUUCGAAGCCUCGCUCCAGCUGGUGGCGGCGGGCGCCGAGGCUCCGAAGCGGGCCACCGCCGGCCCGCCCGGCAGCACCACCAUGCCGAAGAAGCCGCAGCACCUGAGCCUGGUCGGCUACGCAGGCGGCCCCACCAAGCCCAAGUACAGCCUGACCCUGCACAACAACAGCAAGCAUGCCCCAGGAGGCGGCGGCGGAGGCGGGGGAGGCGGUGUAGGCGUGGUUGGCGGCAAGCACCCGCAACUGGCGAUCCUGCGCGACGGUCACCAGCAACGUCAGCACCUCAAGGCCCUGCGGCUGACGCGGGAGGCGGGCGGGGCGGAGCCAUCGGACUACCGGCGACCCACCACCUUGGAGGAGGUCCUCUCCGAAGAAGUUGCGAGCGUAAACGCAAAGGACCGCUCAAGGCCAACUGCUGCCGGUGGCGACACUCCGGGCAAUGCCACCAAGUCGAUGGGCGAAGGCGGCAAUGGACACGAAGGCGCCAAGAGCGGAAGUGGCAAUGGACUGGGAGGCGGAGUGCCGAGCGGUGUCAUGAGGGCACAAAAAAACAGGCUGUGGUAUCAUUGAUGAAGACCCCAUAUUGAGUGGAUUUAAGCGAGAUCAUCUACACGGAGAUCCGAAUGCGAAUGCAUCAAAUUUUAAGAGGACGUUACGUGGCUAUUUUCGUGAUGGCCCACGCCAACGAUGACAAGGCGUACAGAGAUACAGCAAAGCACAAAGAGCUGGAACAAUUAACCCCACUGAGCAAUCAAGAAACGAAGCGAUCGGAAACGAAACCAAGUCGCCUACCAAUCAUUUAUAAAGUAGAGCUGCGAAUAUGCCAACCAUGUAGGUAACGAAAAGAGUUUAGAUCACCCUGUAAAUAUACGAGUUUAGGAAUCGGUAGUCAAUAACAUGCAUAUAAUAGCAAGCGAGUUACAUUUCAAUGAGAAACCCAGGCACGAAUAAUGAAAAUAUUAAGACGAAUUUAAGGUCUAGCAUUUAGCGACAAAAUUUGUUUAUAAAACGAAGGAAGAAAUAUUAUAUUGAGUAACACCUAACUAGCUUUUAAUAAUGUUUAACUGAUUUGUAGUACUUUUUGGAGGAGAACACUGAAAAUCUGCAAACUAACUGUACAUGCCUGUGAACCUACCCCUGACUAAAACUAAAACUAAACCUGAACUAUCUGACCCUAUAAGCGCCUACACUCACACUACUUAAGCCCCCUGUACAUUUUCUGUGUAUAAACUUAGAGACAUAGAUUUUUCUAUAGAUGGAAACGCCGCGUUAAGCAAAAUUACGUAGGGAAAACGUCGACCGAGGUGAGAUGAUGAUAAAAUUGUAACGGAAUUUAACGGACCAAGAGAGCGUGCAGAGCGACUUCGCCUAAACCAAGUAAAAUGAAGUUUUCAUCAAUGAUUUGUGAUUCAAUAUUCAACUAUUUAUAGACACGCAGAUGCGAGUAUUCAGUUCUAAAUGCUAACUUUAAUUUAUCGAAACGUACUACCCGCAAACAAAUGACUCUGACUAUAAAAAGCACUAUGAAUAUUUGAAAAGAAAUCGUAUUUAUAAUUAAUUUUAAAGGAUAAUCAUGUAUAUGUUCCUUUUUAGUUUAAUGCGCAUUAGUAUCACCCGGGAACUUACUAAAAGAUAAAAGUAGCAGCUUCGUAGUAGUUUAAUAAAGCAGCAGCAAAGAUUACAUAAUUUUAAGCAACCGGAUACAUAGGCAAACAAUAGGCGUGUUUGAAAUAGCAUUAAAAGUAAACACAACUACUUACACUAAACAAUUAGCUUAAAUAGUAAAACAAUGAAGAUACCAAGAUAGGCACACGCUCAACACAAACACAGUUUAGAAUGUUUGUGCAAGAAUUUUCGAAGGUUUUAACGAGAAAAAUUGAUAAGCGAAAUAAAAUUAUGAAAAAUGUUACAAUAAAUUUUAAAAGUAUUUAAUAACAUUAGGCUUUGAGAUACGACUGUAUGUAUUCCUCAACUUUCUGCACCAAUUCUAAACUUUUCACCUUUUCAAUGCACCAAAGGUUUGCCAACACUGGCCCCACAAAAACACACAAAAUUUCAGCAAGACACAAUGAAACACUGCAAGAAAAAACACUGUCCGCCACUAAAAAAAUUCUAUCGAGCAAAAACAAAUCACGAACCUACCUACAAGACUUGUGUAAAAUAUAAUAAAAAUGUAAGCGAAAGCUAAUUUAAACGGUUAGAGAUUAAGUUAAAAAUACAUUUUGUAAAAAUUAAUAAGAGUACACUGUAAAAACGUAUAUACUAAUGUAAUGGUUAUCCUGUUUUUUGGAAAUCACGGCAAAUGUCAUACAAAUUAUUUAUUUGCGGUGCGCUUGGCGGUCGAUAUCCCGACUAGAUUUAUUUCUAAAUUAAUUUAAAUGCAUUUAUUAUGUGUAAAUUUUUCAAAGGCAAAUAUAUAGUACUCAAUUAUUUAAACAGCAAACA